GUCUAGAAGCCGGAGUUUGCCGUGGGGUCUCGCUCAGCCUGGCCAUGAACCUGGAGCCACCCAAGGCCGAGAUCCGCUCGGCCACCAGGGUGACAGGGGGGCCUGUCACUCCCAGAAAAGGGCCCCCCAAAUUUAAGCAGCGGCAAACCAGACAAUUCAAGAGCAAGCCCCCCAAGAAAGGUGUCCAAGGGUUUGGGGACGACAUCCCUGGAAUGGAAGGUCUAGGAACAGACAUCACGGUCAUCUGCCCGUGGGAGGCGUUCAACCACCUGGAGCUCCACGAACUGGCCCAGUACGGCAUCAUCUAGCACCAGAGCCUGACUCGGAGCCUCAGGGCCGUCUCCCCUGCUGCCCGCUGCGACCCCUGCUCAGGAUUCCUGCGAGGAGCCCCUUCCCCACCAAGGGUGUCCAGAUUGCCCGGUUUGUGUCUGGAGACCCCUGCAGGGUGGCAACCUCAGGCCCCCAGAUGCCAGUUACUAGAAGUUACCAGAAGUGCACCAGCUCCCUGCCAGACACCUCAGGGCCGGGCAGGCUCUGCUGAAGCAGAGCCUCCAGAAACAUUGGCCCACAGACCUUCUCUUAGGGCUGGAAAGCCAGAGCAGGGGCUCCCAGGAAUGUUCGUCACAGGCCACUCCUGUCCUGGUGUCUGGUGACGAGAAUAAGCUCUCCUCACUAGCCCUUCCCAGCUGCUGCCCUUGGGUUGGGAUGCCUGGGGGGAGUCCUGGCGGCGCCUGACCAACACCCUCCAAACCCCUCACCAGCAGGAAACGUCCUACCCAACGUAGCCCACGCUCGCUGUCCUGGUUUCAAAAUAAA